ACCUGCUUGUUGUUGUUUUUGUUUGUUCACUUUUAGCAUAAACAUGGCAGCUCCCAGACCAAAAUCUCCAGGUCCUCGAGGACCUUCCAAGAAAGACGAUAAAGAAGAGUCGUUUUGGGAGAAAAUUGGCACUCUCGGAAGGAAGAAAGGCAUCAAGAAAGUGCAAGAGGUUCAGGAGGAAGGAAAGCAUGCCAUCGACUCUCCAGGAAGCCCGACUGCGAUUGAUCACCCACCAGAAGAAUAUGAAUUGGGAGAAAAUGAAGAAAGAGCUAUUAUUGAAACAAAGUCCAUGGAAAAUGCAAAAUUCAAAGAGCUUGUUAUGGUUCUCAUUGAAUGGAUAAAUGACGAAUUGGCUGCUCAACGCAUCAUUGUAAAAUUCAUUGAUGAAGAUUUAUACGAUGGCCAGAUCUUACAGAAGCUUUUGGAAAAAUUAACAGGUGAGAAAUUGGACGUCCCAGAAGUGACUCAGUCGGAAGAGGGUCAAAAGCAGAAGUUGAGAAUAGUGCUUGCUGCUGCCAAUAGAGUUCUUGGAUUACCUCGAUGGUCAGCACAAAAGUGGAGUGUUGAAAGUGUACACUCUAAAAACAUUGUGUCCAUUUUGCACCUGCUUGUUGCCCUGGCUCGCCUCUUCCGUGCACCUGUACGUCUCCCAGAAAAUGUGGCUGUGAGCGUUAUCAUUGUGCAGAAAAAAGAUGGCACUUUAACGCACAGGACAGUUACUGAAGAAAUCACAUCAACUUAUGAUGAUCUGGGAAUGCUCUGUGAAAAGGAUGCUUUUGACACAUUGUUUGAUCAUGCUCCUGACAAACUAGAUGUGGUCAAGAGGUCAUUAAUAACAUUUGUCAACAAACAUCUGAACAAGAUUAAUUUGGAUGUGUCAGAAUUGGAAACCCAGUUCCAUGAUGGGGUGUAUCUAACUCUACUCAUGGGGCUUCUUGAAGGCUUCUUUGUGCCCCUGUAUGAUUUUUACCUGACUCCUCAAGAUUUUGAUCAGAAAGUACAUAAUGUUACCUUUGCUUUUGAGUUAAUGCAAGAUACUGGACUUGCUAAACCAAAGGCUAGACCAGAAGACAUAGUCAACCUGGACUUGAAAUCAACUCUGCGAGUGUUGUACAAUUUGUUUACUAAGUACAAAAGCAUGAGCUAAAAAAAUAAAAAGGGAUUGUAACGGAAAGUGUAAAGAAAACCUUGUCAAACUCAAUCAAUGACGGGUGGAUCUUGUGCUUUAAUUGUUUAGACUGCAAGAAUUAUAUGCAUCCAUCUGGCUGGAAGCUUAGCGAAAAACAAAACAAUUACUACCAUUGGUUUAUUUGGACUAAUUGUGACUGACAUGCUUUGGUAGUAAAUAGAGACCACUUUUCAGCUGCUUAACAUACCACUGUGUUUUACAUCUUGUCACAAAAUUCUAACAGGGUAAUUUAAGAGCCUUAUAGAUAUAACACAUGAGUCUUCAAUUGUAUUUUAUAAACAUUUUUAAGUGUUUCUUGCCAUAUUUGUAUUUUGUGACGUAUAUCUUUUGAUAUUGUGUAACAUAACAUUUUAUCGCCGCCAUUUCAGUGUACCCUUGAUGCGGGUAUUGUUCAUUAAGUGCAUGCAAGUUCAUUCAUUUUCACUGGCAUCAGUUUCACUGCCACCAUUGUUCUCUAAUGUUUUUUGUUUCUUUGUUAAAUUUUAACUGUUUUAUGUUUAGAUGUAAUCUUUUAUUUUUCUCUCGAAGUGUUUUACAAGAAAAAUGAAAUCUCUUAAGUUAUUAACACCUGUGAAAUACUUGAAUAAUUUAUUAGUGUAUUAACUAAUAAACAAAGUAUGAAUUAAAAACAAUUUUUUUAAAAAAAUAACAACAUA